AACAUCUGCAUUUCACAACGAGGCGUGGUUCAGAACAGGUGGGCUGUUGCUGCUGUAUAACUGCUGUGAGCAUUAAUUCAACUAGGAUACUUCUUUCUAUCCCGGAGACCAACACAUCACCAUGCCGAAGUGCCCAAAAUGCACAAAGGAAGUUUACUUCGCGGAGAGAGUGACAUCACUGGGGAAAGACUGGCACAGACCCUGUCUGAAGUGUGAGAAGUGUAACAAGACGCUGUCGGCCGGAUCACACGCAGAGCACGAUGGCAAGCCUUACUGUAACAGCCCCUGCUACUCUGCACUGUUUGGGCCUAAAGGAUUUGGACGUGGGGGAGCUGAAAGCCACACAUUCACUAAGUAGACCAACUCAGGUUCUUCCACCACACCAGAUGGGUUUGAAGAAGAAGGCAACUCAGCGUUCUAUACCAUCCUCCAUACUAUGCUAAAACAAAAACAAACAACCAAAAAGGCUCCUUUUUGGAACCAGCAUUUUGUGUUAUUUUCUGUCUUUGUGUUGUCUAGAGGAAUCAGUCUUAAUACACAUUUUAAUUGGCUAUAGUGAGAUGUUUACUAUAGUCCUGCUAGUGGAUCGGAGGGUUAUACAAUAUCCUCUCUGUUCCGGUACAUGUUUUUAAAAUUCUAAUUAAACAGUCUUUUUCAAAAUGUU